GGUUCUUCAGUAGUAAAAUUUUUACGCGCAAGUGCACGUCAAAUAUUUUUGUAAAUAAAUCAUAGUUUUCUAAUGACUGAAGAAAUGCCAGAAAAUACCAGCGAAGAUGAACAGUUUUCGGACGCUCCUGAAAGUAUCGGAAGCGAUGAUGAAGCGCUACCAAAUUUUGCUUUCCCCAAUCUAAAAGAUGAUCCAGAUUUGUUGUAUGAAUUCAACACUGAAGACGACAAUGCAGAUAGCCUUAGGGAAUAUUUAGAUGAAGCCGUCGCAAGUAACUUUAACACAUUGGAAUUCAAAUGGAAUAGUGAAUGUUUGAUAUGCUGCGAGCAGUUUGAAGAGUAUCAAGACUUGCUGCAACAUUGCAUAAUGUUCCAUGAGAAUGAGUUCAACGAAUAUGCAUGCACCUUGCAGGAUUGUGAUGUGGUGUUUCGAAGUGAGUACUCACUUGCCAGACACUUGGUAUUGCGACACAGCGAUUUGCAAAGCAUAAAAAUAUACGGUAGCUGCCCCUAUUGCGAUCUACGGUUCUCAAACUUUCAUCAACUGAAUAAGCAUUCCUGUUAUCGCAAACUAACGCGCAGAGCUUGCACGCAGCCUUAUUGCCAAUAUUGCAAACAAGAAUUCGUCUCACACAAAAGAUUUGUUUUUCACUUGCAAUUUCAUUUGGCAAAACGGCGUUCUAAAAUCUGUUUGAUUUGCAACAAAGAUUUUACCAAUGUAGACGAGUUCUUCGUGCAUGUAAAUUAUGAGCACGAACCACCGGGAACACUGGCGUGCACCAUCUGUGAUCGCAUAUUCGCAGAAAUGGAGCCGUUCGUCAAGCAUCAAAAUUCGCAUAAAAUAAAGCCUAAGUAUGAGUGCGAUGAAUGUCUAAGAACUUACCGUAACAAAAAAUUACUACAAGCACACAAGGAAGGUGUGCACACCAAUAUUGAAUAUAAAUGUGACUUAUGUCCGAAAAUAUUUCCCAGUUUAGCCAUCCUUCAAAAUCACUUGAAAUGGCAUGAUUCUGAUGCCGAAGUGCGAGUGUUUACCUGUACAAGUUGUGGCUUGAUUGGAAGUGACUGCGACAGUUUAGAGAAACACACUUCAGACCUCAGCACUGACUGUUUUUAUGGUGAAAUUGAAGAGGAAAUACUCAUUGUAGCUUACAGCUGUCAUUUCUGCGCACAAGAUUUUAAAGACAAAGAUUCACUUCGAAAGCAUCGUGCUACGGGCGUCCAUGAAAAUGAAAUGUUUUUCUGCCCCCUAUGCAAUGAAGAACUCGAAGAUCAUAAAGCAAAGCGUAUACAUAUGGCUACGCACAAAAAUUACAAAAGUUGGUUAGAAAGUCUGCCACUAAAACGACUCUUGAUGUGUGAUGUGGGCGAUUGUGACGAGUGUUACAAGCAAUGGACUCCAUUGCAGAGGCACAAACGUCACGCUCACAAAAAAAAUACCUGUCGGAUAUGUGAUCAAAAGUUUGCGAAUUCGAAUGAACUUCAAGAGCACAUCGCACAGUGCCAAUUAACUGCAUUAACCUGCCAAUUUUGUGAAAAAGUAUGUCCGACCAAAAUGUCCUUGGCCGUGCAUGUGGCUAGAAGGCACAAUAACAAGAAUGUCUUCUGUCCGCAUUGUUCAGCCGCAUAUAGAGAUGAGCAGGCCUUGCAAGAGCAUAUCGACUAUGUACACGUGCCUGUCCCUUGUACACUUUGUGGAAAAGUAAUCAAAUGCAGACGAUAUUUAGAGGUUCAUAUGCGAGCAAUUCAUGUUAGUGAAUGCAGAUACUUUUGCACGCAUUGCAAUAAAGGUUUCUAUCAUCGCUCGCAAAAAGAAUUGCAUGAAGAGAAUGUUCACCCGGCCGCAGUUUACAAAUGUGGCGAAUGUAAAUUUACAACAAACUAUGCAAAAUCAUUAGAUAUCCAUAUUGCUCGGCAUUUGGAAAUUUCCGAAUUCAAUUGUCCGCAUUGCCCGAAAAAAUUUGGACGUAAAAGCGCGCUUAAUAUGCAUAUCAGACGGCAUAAGGCUGAUAAGCCCUUCAGAUGUUCAGACACCAUUGUUGAUGGCUGUGAUGCUGCAUACGUCACACAACAUCUACUAAAUAAUCACAUUAAAAGAAAACAUUCCUUGCAUUCGCAACAAACUAAAGCAAAUAGUGUUACCAGUCAGCAAAAGAAAAGUACCGCCUCAAUACGAAAAUCAAAAUCAAAAACAAAAAGCAAAACAGAAACCGAAACCGAAACAGUGAAAAACAAGUCCAAGUCAACAGCCGAAGAAAUAAAGUGUGAGAAUGUAAAUGCAAACAGCGAUAUUACACUAUCCAAUACAGGCGCUGUUGACAUAGUUUUUGAAACCGAGGAAUCGAGCAUUGCUGCAGUGGAGCUGCCGAGUGAGAAAUCCUUCAUGGCUGCUGAAGUUUUACCGAGUGGCAAUAACGAGACGUAUAUGCUGGUGGUAGUGGACGAUGAGACUAUGGAAAUGGUUAACAACAGUAAUGGCGAACUUAUUCUACUUGAAAACGUCGAAUAUCCCACCAGCUGAAUGUUUGCUAAUCCACUUGCUUUUUGCCCCAAAAAUAAUUUACACACACAU